GAAUGCAGAUGCCAGGGACUGAUAGGAGACCCUCGGGACGGGCACUUGGUAUUAUCAUGCCGUCAGUAGCACCCCGGACACGAGCCCGAGAGAGACUCGAUUCGAAAACACAUAACGCGACGUAUAUAUAGACAGUCAGGACUGGAAUCAUGAUGCAAAGUCAGACGACUCUAAACUGGGGUAUUGCGGCGGCGGGCAGGAUAACACAGGAUUUCGUGACAGCACUAGCAACGGUCGAGAAGUCCAGUCAUGUGGUGGUAGCCGUGGCUGAUGUGGACGGUCAGCGGGCCCAGGACUUUGCGCAGCGCAAUCAGAUCCCUCGGCACUAUGAUGGUUUCGAUGCCUUGGCUCUGGACCGGGAAGUCGAUGUGGUGUAUGUGGGCACUCUGAAUCCCUAUCAUUACGCCGUAGUCCACCUGAUGCUGGCCAGAGGGAAGCAUGUGCUCUGCGAGACGCCCAUGUGCCUAAGUCUGGAGCAGGCCAAGGAGUUGUAUGCGCUGGCGGAGCAGAGGGGGGUGUUCCUGAUGGAAGGGAUGUGGUCGCGCUUCUUUCCCAGCUACGAACGCCUGAGGGAGCUCCUGAAUGCUGAUGUCAUUGGUGAGGUGACCCAAGUGAAGAUCCAGCACGGCUUCCGUUUGGCCCACAUGGAGCGGGUUUGCAGUCGAUCCCUGGGCGGCUCCAUCCUCCUGGACAUUGGCAUAUACGCCCUGCAACUGGGCCAGUUUGUGUUUGGGGUCUCGCCUGUGAAAAUCCUGCCCAGCGGCACGCAACUCAACAAGGAUCGCGUUGAUGUCCAGGGCGAGUUCAUGCUGGACUAUGGCGAUGGUAGGCGAUUGGUGGCUUUGGUCACGGGACUGGAGAAUCUCGAGAACGACGCCGUCAUUACGGGAACCAAAGGCGAGAUUAAGCUGUCGAACUACUGGUGCUGCACCCAGAUGGCCCGCUCGAACGGCGCCCCGGAGUCCUGGCCUCUGCCGCGAGCCAAGUUCGACUUCCAUUACACCAACACCUGCGGCCUGAGGUAUGAGGCAGAGGAGGUGCGUCGCUGCAUCGAGAAGCGCCUGCUGGAGAGCCCCAAGUUCACGCACGCCGAGAGCCUGGAGCUGAUUGCCAUUUGCGAUGAGAUGCGGCGUCAGAUAGGCGUUACCUUCGAGGACUUUUAGCUUAAAAACGAGCUCAUUAGAUACAUUUAGUUUUAAAUAAAAGUGGACUUCGAUAUGGUGGAGUAUAAUUACCAUAAAAUCUCUUCCCUCGCCAUUCAAUUAGCUAUGGUUGAUGGUUAUUUUGUAUUCAAUAUUUAUUUAAAUAAUUGCAAUGGUUUUCAAGUUUUCUGCUUCUGUUUUUUUUUUCGAUUGCAUUUACAUAGAUAUUUCUAAUUGAUGUUUAGAUUCUGUUUUAGAUUCUAUUAUCCGGUUGCUGCCAAUUCUUUAGUCGCGGUUGGUUGGUUCAUUAAGGCUAAUACGCUAAGGGUCAGAAAUGAGGAACUUAGUGGCUAAAUGAAUACUUAAAACGCAGCGAAAUUUAAACUAAUCCUACCGAAGGCUCAGCUACAAUCGAAUUUGAAAACAACUCUUGCUCUUUUAGGUAAUUAGAUUGGCUUUGUAACUAAAUGCAAAAUACAAAACACAGUAACGUUUGUUAAGCGGGUUUAAAUCAGAUUUUGACACACAGAGUUUUUUGAAUUUAAAAAAAUAAUUAAUUUUAGUGCUCUCAGCUAAUUAAAUUCAAUGGAGCAACGCACAAAGUUGUUAAUAUAAUUUUCUUCCAUUUGAUUUUGUUUUAAACACGAUCGAUCCAAAAAAAAAAAAGAGGUAUAAUUAGUUAGAAUAGAAUUUGUGUUUGCGGAAGAAACAUAACUUAAGCAACAAAGUAACUAAAUUACAUUAUGCACUUAGAGACUAAUUAGAAUUUAACAAUAAAAAUUUUUACAAUACGGUUUAGAGCUCUUUUCGGGCUCCCACCGCUACUGAAGAUAUA